CUCCUCUGAUAACUUAUGAUGUAUAAUGACUAAAAUCCUCAUCUGGUUAAAAUGUAUAGAUAUGACGUCAUUGACAGGUGACCAGUGAAGGGAAUCGUUACCUAAGUAAAACUACUGAUUCCUCUGGGUUUGAACAUUGUUGGAAACAUUUGGGAUAAUCAUUGUGCCAACAGAGGGCGCCAGAGAAUGAUGGAGGCUGUAAUCCAGAGCAGAUACCUCUCUACAGAAAUUCCCUGCUCUGGCUGAAAUGACAUCAGCGUCUCCUCCCACCAACCAGCCUCCCAGGCAGCCAUCCAUGCUCCCAGCCCCCUGCAUGCAAAGAUUGUCUAUGCUCUGGAAGAUGUAAUACUCAACAGAUAUUUGCCCCUACACACUGACAUUGAGUCACUUUUUAACUGUUCAACUACUGAAUGGGGAUUCCCAUCUUAAAAUGUUAAUAAUUGUUUCACCUUAGUUAUAAGAUUAUUUAAAUUCAUGAAAAUGACAUUAAAUUCUUUAACUGGGUAUGUUAGCUACACUGACGUGUGGUGCAUGUACCAGUGAAAGCGGAUGACCACCAUUCACCUGUUGUUUAUAUUAUUGGUCAUAUUUCCUGAAUUGACAAACUCAUUAGGAACACCUGAAUGCACCAGUAUUAUGUACAAUAUAUUCAGGGAAUUUCUGAGAGCUGUAAACUGUGAAUUAUCUGAUGUGUUGUCUAAUAAAUUUGCACAAAAUUGUGGCCUAGAGAUCUAUUAUGCAUAUAUGUAUUGCAACAUAUCACAUAAUGGUCUUCAGUCAUGCUUGCAACUAAAUAUCCUAACAGCUAUUGGAUUGCCAUAAAUCUUUUUUUUUUUUUUACAGAAAUGCAUGGUCCCUAGAGGAUGAAUCCCUUUGAUUUUUCCUGUUGUACCACUAUGAGAUUUAUAUUUUGGGUUUUGAAUAUCUUAUAAAUUGCUGUGAAUUUGCACCUAUUUAAGGUCAGUAUAGGAGAAAUUCCAAUGACUUUGUUGAUUGCAUGACUUUCCAUGAAAUCUCGCAUCUUUAGGUCAGAAUUUAAAUUUGUCCAAUCUAGUUCAUGACCAAAUACCACAAACAAGUGACAUUUCUGUCAACCUCAGCGGUAGGGUACUAUGAGUUUUAGUGCUAAGUAGUAAAAUGCCAAAUGCUAGCAGGCUAAUAUGACCUUCUUAACAUCAGCGUGUUUUGUUGUAACUGUAAGCAUGUUAGCAUGCUGUAAAGUCUUGUUUUUUUUGUAUAGUUUUACUGUCUGUCUCCAGUGUGUACUCAAUGCUCAAAUAUACUGAAAAUAGGCCUACUCAAAAUAUAGAAGUGGGCCUACUCUUUAUGCACAAUGGCCCAAUAUGGAUUACAAUUAUACAUUAAUGUGUACCUUGCUUUAAUGUUGCAACUGGAAAAGUUAUUAAAGUAAUUUUAACUACUUCAUAUAAGCUACCGCUUGGCAUAUUAACCUAUGAUAAUAGUUUUUAUUUUUAUUUUGUAUCAUUAAUAUAAAUAUACACUGUAAGUAAGGAUAUCAAAUUUGGAGUAAAAAAGUAGCAGAAUGCCUCAAAAUUGCCCUUUAGUACAGUAUUUGAGUAAAUGUACUUUCCAGCAACAUCGUUUCUACAAACAAGAUCAGAGUGAGCCCUCUUCUCUUUUUUUCUUCAUCUCUGUUUUGGAGUACCUCACCGCACACCCGCCCCCAAGACUGGCCUGCUCCUGUCUAUGUGCUCCUCCAGCCCCUGGCCACCUGAUUGGCCGAGAGAGACGUCAAUCGGGGGAUUAUCCGCGCACUGCAGCAGCAGUACUCCAGGUUUGCCUCCCUCCUCAUCCUCUUCCUCUGUUCGGAGCUUCUUCUUUUUUGCCGGGUCGUCCAGGUUGUGUGUGUCGAGGCCGGUGGUGGUGGUGUUAGUGGUGGUGGUGGUGGAGGAAAAGAAGAUGGGACUACCUGCUCUGGAGUUCAGUGACUGCUACUUGGACAGCCCGCAGUUCAGGGAGAGACUCAAGUCCCACGAACUGGAGCUGGACAAGACCAACAAGUUCAUCAAGGAGCUGAUCAAAGACGGCAAGGCUCUGAUCCAGGCUCUGAAAUGUCUGUCAACGGCCAAGAGGAAGUUUGCUGACUCUCUCAACGAGUUUAAAUUCCAGUGUAUUGGAGAUGCCGAGACGGAUGAUGAGAUAUGCAUAGCCAAGUCUCUGCAGGAGUUUGCAGCGGUCCUACAGAACUUGGAAGAUGAGAGGACACGUAUGAUCGAGAAUGCCAAUGAUGUGCUGAUUAUGCCUCUGGAGCGGUUCAGGAAAGAACAGAUCAGUGCAGCCAAGGAAGCCAAGAAAAAAUAUGACAAAGAGACAGAGAAGUAUUGUGCAGUGCUUGAGAAGCACCUCAGCCUUUCAGCGAGGAAGAAAGAGUCACAUCUACAUGAGGCGGAUAACCAGGUAGAUAAUGUACGGCAGCAUUUCUACGAGGUUUCUCUGGAGUACGUCUUCAAGGUGCAGGAGGUCCAAGAGAGGAAGAUGUUUGACUUUGUGGAGCCUCUGUUGGCCUUUCUCCAAGGCCUGUUCACCUACUAUCACCAUGGCUAUGAGCUGGCAAAGGACUUCAACCAUUUCAAGACUGAUCUCACCAUCAGCAUACAGAAUACGAGGAACCGAUUUGAGAGCACGCGGUCGGAGGUGGAGUGUCUGAUGAGGAAGAUGAAGGAGAACCCACAUGAACACAAGAGUGUCAGCCAGCAUACCAUGGAGGGAUACCUGUUUGUACAGGAGAAGCGCUCAUUUGUAUCUACCUGGGUGAAGUACUACUGUACGUACCAUCGUGAGCCCAAGAGGGUCACCAUGGUCCUGUUUGACCCUAAAUCAGGAGGGAAAAUGGGAGAAGAAGAGAGCUUCAUGCUCAAGUCCUGCACCAGGAGAAAGACUGACUCAAUAGAAAAGAGGUUUUGUUUUGAUGUGGAGGCUGUUGACAGGCCGGGAGUGAUCACUAUGCAGGCACUGUCAGAAGAAGACCGCAGGUUGUGGAUGGAGGCCAUGGAUGGGAGAGAACCGGUCUACAAUCUGAACAAAGACAAUCAGGCUGAAGGCAUGGCCCAGCUGGAUGUGAUCGGGUUCAACGUGAUGAAAAAAUUCAUCUACGCAGUAGAGACUCGAGGUAUCAAUGAGCAGGGCUUGUACAGGAUAGUUGGCGUCAGCUCCAGAGUACAAAAACUACUGAGCCUCGCUAUGGAUCCUAAGACAUGUGCUGACGUGGAGCUGGAAAACCCGGAGUGGGAGAUUAAGACUAUCACAAGUGCUAUCAAGCACUAUCUCAGAAUGCUGCCUGCACCACUCAUGACAUACCAGUACCAGAGAAGCUUCAUCAAAGCUGCCAAGUUGGACAACCCAGAGGCCAGGGUGACAGAGAUCCAUGCUCUGGUGCACCGGCUGCCUGAGAAAAACCGACAGAUGCUGGAGCUGCUGAUGAAACACCUGGCCAAUGUUGCUAAUCACCACCAGCAGAACCUGAUGACCGUCGCCAAUCUGGGUGUGGUCUUUGGGCCAACUCUGCUCCGCCCUCAGGAGGAGACGGUGGCCGCCAUCAUGGACAUCAAGUUCCAGAACAUUGUAGUAGAGAUCCUCAUAGAACACAAUGAGAGGAUAUUCAAGGACGUGCCGAGUUCUGCAGGCAGUUCAACCAACAUGCAGCUUAACCUGCCCAGGAGGAGAAGCACCGAGAGCAAAGCCCCAUCCUGCAGUGAGAGGCCUCUCACACUCUUCCACACACCAACACAUUCCCAGAAAGGUGAGCUAAAGCGCCUCAUUUGA